CUUCUGAUCGUCAGCGCGAUCGUUGCGUUGAAACAAGAACACACAACAUUUUCAUGCAAAGAGUUUUUCCCAUUUGCACGAACAACAAGUCGCUCAUUCGCGUUUGAAACGGCGUUGUGAUAGAAACGGUGAACGCGGAAAAUCUUUGUUUGCCAAUCGAAUGAAUGCAGCGUGGGGGAAAUGUGAAAAUUCCGAAACGAAGAAGAAACUAAGAAACGAACAAAGAACAAAAAGUGUUUAAUUAAUUAAGUCAUAUAACGGUGCAUAAAUAAAAUAAUAAAAACGAAAUUAAAAUAAUGUAAUAUUUUUAAAAUAAAAAAAUAUUAAUUUUCAAAUCCACAUGUUUUGUGACCUUAAAAAUAAAAUAACAAUACUUUGUGCUAAACAUAAUUUCCAAAACAUAAUUAACCAAAGUUCAAAAGUAAACAAAAAACACACACAUACAACAAGUGCAUGAAGUGAAACAAAAGACUUAAGCAACAAACGUGAUUCUGGCUGGCUUAGAAGACGACGAUAUACAGCUAACCAACAACAACAACAGCAAGAGCCACAACAACCAUCAUCUAAGCAAGCUAGCAACCAACGAAUCAUCCAACCAAGCAAACAAUUCACUAAGCCUGCAAAUGUAAACAUAACCACAAAACUAUAACAAAAGCCUCCUCCACCCCCCCAAACCAGAGUAAAAUAACAUCAUCGUAAGCAUUAUCAUCAUCGCUACCACCUCCACCAACAGCACCACAACAACGACGACGAUUAGUGGCAGCAGCAGCAAUCGCUCCGUACACUGAGCCACACUAAUUCGAAACCCACCUAAACUGGAGUAAACCAAGUUAAACAUAACAAACAAUUAAUUAGUGCAUAAACUUACAAAUAAUUAACUGCCGUUAAAUUUAACUCUUACGCCUCUGCCUUGGUGUGCAGCCAGCCCGCCGUUGCUGGCCCAUCGAAUUGCCCAAAUAUUCCUGAGGCGAAAAUAUGGCAAAAUGUCUUGGAAUGUUGGCAAAUUAUUUGGAAAUUAAUAACAACAACUGCUCAACAGCAAUCACAAAAUCAAUGAGCGAGGAGGCCGCAUCAGAUAUCAGCAACAAAAACAACAACCCCAAUAAUAAUGAUGUUCAUGCUGAUGUCUAUUGACCAAUAAAUUCCAAAAGAGGCUAAUUAAAACUGCAUUAAGAAGACGGCAAACGUCAGGUGCUGCAAAAAUAAUAACAUUCGAACAGCAAAAACAACAACACCGAACACUGCCAACGAAAGUGUAACGUUUUACUUUUCGUUUCGUUGCGAAUACAAACACCAACAACAAAAACACUUCAAUGCUUGCCGAAAGCCCCACCUCCUGGAAAACAACACGAAAAGCGAAACAUUGUAGAAUGUGUUCAAACAUUGGCUUGAUUUUGAUUUUAUUAAUCGCUUUAUUUGGUCCAUGUUUUUACAACGUCAAUUGCCUGCAACAGCAGCAGCAGCAGCAGCAACAACAACAACAACAUCAAAAUAGUACUACAACAACAAAUAAACUCACAAGUGCCGGACUGCAAGGUGGUCAUCAUCAUCACCAUCCGCAUGGAGUAAAUAUUUCGACUGAUGACGUCGCCGACGAUGACGACGGCGAUGUGGGUGAUUUUGAAAACAAUUCAUGGCACGCUUCGAAUACCACACACCAACCUCAUGCGGCUUCGGACGAAAGCUCAAGCGCAACGGGCGGUGGCCACUUUAUUGAUAUAACACGGAAACACCAAAUCCACUACAACGGCCAGUUGAUUGAUGAAGAUAACUUAUUGGAGCAUUUGGAAGAACAUGAACGCGAGUUGAUAUUUGGAAAGUCAAGAAAAAAGCGUUCCAUAAAAUUGGUACAUUUAAUAUAUCGGCCAACUGCUGCAACAGCUCAUCCAACAGAUGUCGAUGCAUCCCACCACGAAGAUGAUUGGGAGUCUGUGGAAUUACAAAUACCAAAUAAUAGCUUAGAAACCGUCACUACUGCAGUCGUGCAUCGCUCUAAACGAUCUGACAAUGAACCAGCAGCCGCAACAACAACAACAGCUACACCAAAACAACAAACGCCAAAUAGUCAAGGUAGUGGCGCCCAAGAGUUACCUCCAAUCGUAUCGGUGCAAAUCAAAGAUAACGAUCAUUUGGUCAAUUUGAAGUUGCAGCAAACGCCAAAGUUAAUCGACGAUGCAUUCGUUUUUAUACGACGCUAUGCCAAUACAUCACAACUAGUUGAGAACUCACACAAACUGGCGGAACGUUUGGAGAAAUGUUUCUAUCACAAUGAGAAUUCGGCGCUGGACUUGUGCGAUGGUGAAAAUGUGCGUGGCCUAUAUCAUCAUAAUCAAACCGACUUUAUUAUACAUCCACUGCCCGAGAGAUUUGGCAAUAACACUCACAUUAUACUCGAAUCGGAAUCAGAGAUUUAUGACAACAUCUGGUCGAAAUCGUCAUCAGUAUUAAAUGAAAAUAUACAGUUUGAACCGGAACUGGAGGAGUUUAACGACUUGAAUAUUGAGACCAUGGCUGAUAUGGAGAAUACCACAAGGGCGACAAGAAAUACUGAAAGUGAUCCACAUCAGCAAAGACAUGGCCCCGAUCAUGCUAGGAAAUUACAUCACAAUAAUGCUGUACCUUUAAAUUUACGUUUUAAGCCACGACAUCAUCAGACACAUCAGCGUCAAUCGCAUUCACAUCAUUCAAAUGGUCACAAUCACAAUGGACAAAAUCGAAAUCCAUCCUCUCAUCGCUCCCACCAUAAUAAACACAACCGACAACCACAUCACCGCAAUCAUCAUCUACAUCCUCACCAUCAGCAGCCGGAGUCCUCAAUUUCUUUAAUGGAUUCGGAAAAAUCCACUAAACGUGCUAGACGUUUUAUAUCACCCGUCAAGGAUUGGUACAACCCAAACGAUGUUCUACACAUAGAGACGGCUAUCUUUGUCGAUACCGAUCUCUAUAAACAUAUGGCUAAGAAUUUUCCCAAAGAUACCAGCUCACAUUUGAUACGUUUCGUGUUGGCCAUGAUUAAUGGAGUCCAGCUGCUCUAUCAUCAUCCAUCGUUGGGACGACGAGUUAAUUUUGUUCUCAAACGUUUGGAAAUAUUGGAGAAGGAUCCCUUGGAUUUGCCACGUUCAAGUGAUAUUGAUAUAUAUUUGAGUAAUUUCUGUAAAUGGCAGACACGCUGGAAUUCCGCUAAAGAUCCGAAAUUGCAUUAUGAUCAUGCCGUGAUAUUGACGGGUCUCGACUUGUAUGUGGUGGAUAAGAAAGGCAAACUGAUUAAUCAAGUGGUCGGUCUCGCACCAGUGGCUGGCAUGUGCAUCGACACAUCAUCGUGUACCAUUAACGAGGGCAAACAUUUUGAGAGUGUUUUUGUGGUAGCUCAUGAAAUUGGCCACAAUUUAGGUAUGCGUCAUGAUAGCAUCGAUAAUGGCUGUGAACCCACAUCGCACAUAAUGUCACCCACACUGGGUAGUGGCAAAAUAACCUGGUCGAAAUGUUCAAGGGAUUCAUUGAAUCUAUUUUUGGAGAAAUCCCAAGCAAAAUGUCUAUUUAAUCGCGCUGAAUUCAAUCACAAUUUGGAUCAUUCGGCUGAGGGUAUUCUGCCCGGUGAGCGUUUCGAUGCCAAUCAACAGUGUAUGCUGAAAUAUGGCAAAGAAUCGACAAGGGCUCGCAGCCAAUCAUUGUCGGAUAUUUGUCGAGAUCUUCAUUGCCAGAGGGAUAGGUACACUUGGACUUCGCAUCCAGCGCUGGAGGGUACAGCCUGUGGUGAUAAUAUGUGGUGCCGCAGUGGAUUUUGUGUUGUCAAACGUAUUGAAUUGUACACAGCAUCCAAGCAAACUGCUGGUCUCACCAAGGCCAAUUAUGACAAGGCAGCGUUUUUGGACAGUCCAAAAUCCGGGAAUUUAUUACAUGAGUAUCAGAAGCCCUCAAGCAGUUGGAGUGAAUGGAGUGAGCCAAGUGCCUGUGAUUCCAGCUGCCUAUAUGGCCCUUCGAAACGUUUGCGCGAGGGAAGUACCGGUCUCAAGGUAUAUACCCGGAAAUGUGUUGACUACAAACGCCGGUGUAUUGGCCGAGAUCAUCGAUUCGAAACUUGCGUGGCCAAACAAUGCUACAGUGUACCAAUGUUAACGGUAUCGGACUUUGCCAAACAAGUCUGUGAGAAGGCACAAAAAUUCGACAGCGAUCUGACAGGUGAAGGUGAACAAAUCUCGGGCAACAUAGAAGAGUCAUGUAAGGUCUAUUGUAAGACCAAGACAAAUGGUACUAAAUCUCGUAGCUGGACAUUCCCGGAUGGCACCACUUGCCAGUCGAAACUGUAUCGGAAUGAUGAACCCUCGUACUGUAUCCAGGGGCGUUGUGAAAAAUUCUCCUGCGAUAAUUCGACAAGUAAUUAUUAUAAAAUUGAUAAUAUCUUUUGCAAGCAGCAGGAUAAAUCAAAUGAUAUGGACAAUGAGACAAUACGAAGGAGUUCUACAUCGGUAUCAUCGCCUUCGUCAUCGGUUACAUAUCAGACGUAUGGUAAUCAAAUACCGAUAGGACCUCCCUCGACGACCCACACCACGGCACCUGCUUCGUACAGCAGCAAUUAUGAUGAAUAUAAAUAUCGCAGUAAUACGAAUAAGAAUUACUAUGAUCGUGGGUCGAAUGCAGAUAGGAUUUAUGGUCCUACAACGGUGCGCAGUAAAUAUGAGAAUGAAGUUGCAGCAAAGCCAUUACAUGGACAAUAUAACCAUGAUACAACAACCUAUCGAAGAAAAUCGGAUAACUAUGCACCCUGGAAUAAGUACAGUUAUCAUGUUAACGAUCAUUUGCCAUCCGAGUCGUCAUUACCCAAAUCACAAACUUCAAUUGCCGUUGUAACUCCCGGUCCGCCGGAAGCAAAUGAAAAUCUGUGGGUGGUAAAGUCGGGAUGUUUUUCAAGUUGCAUGGCGCGGUCUAAGGGUAUCCAGGUGGUAAUGAAUCGUAAGACUGGCGAAAAGAAUAUACAACUUUGCACGCACACUGUAAAGCCCUGUGAACGCUUACAAACGACUGGAGAAUUUGCCGACAACACCUGUUCCGGUUACAAGACCAAAGUUCGUGGUCUCUCCGGCCAUGGUACCCAAAUCGCUGCCAGUGUUGAAAAUCCCGAUCGCAGUUGUCGUGUUGGCUGUCAAGAUGAAUUCAUACAACAUCGUUUCUAUUUGGUCAAUGGCAACUAUGGCCACUUCCCAUUGGGGACACGGUGUUCGAACAGCGACGAUCGUUAUUGUGUUCAAGGCAAAUGUUUAGAAUUUGGUCCCGAUAAAAUACCACUGCAAAAGUCUCACAUAAGUUUGGCUCUGUUUCGCAGUCGGCGAUCAGCUAACAGGAAUCCACAGCAUUCAAGGAAAAAGAGAAGUUUUCUCUAUUACGAGCCGGUGAAUAUAACGGAAACACUGACACAAGAUUUCAUCGAUAAUAUUGUUAACAGUAUCAUCCAAUUGGAAGAGAAUCAAGCGAAGGAAGAUGGUCUUCUUGGUCAUCACAUCGAAUUUUCAAAUCCCAUACACUACUCCAUGAAUGAACAGCAGCGGCGAGAGCAUGAACAUUGAGUCUAUUUUUCGAUAUGUUAUGAAAUUAUUUUAAAUCAGAGUAUCCGCUUUCUCCAUUUUCGCUCCAUUUUUUCCGCGAUUUCAUAUAUUUUCAAAUAUUUAUUGAUAUUUUUUUUAAUAGUAUUUUUUAUAUAUAUAUAUAAAAGUAUUUAUAUGUAUGCAUGUAUGUAGGAAUUUUACGAGUAAUGUAUCU